GCUAGUGUUUCCUGCAGAUGUUUUUCCCUUAAGAAUAACGCUGUGGGCGUUACCUCAUCCUGAACCUGACGUCAUCAAGGCAGGUGACCAAUGACAAGCCUUGGUGCUAGACCUCAUAUAUCCUGCGGAACAGGUAGUCGUGUUGUGUUAGUCUUGUGUUCGGAACAGUAUACGCCCCUGUUGUUUAGCAAGAUGGCCAGCCCCAUGGACAAGCUACGACAGCAAUGUCUCAAACGUGGUGCCAGCGGCAUUAAAGGUCUUGGCAGGACGUUUCGCAUCAUGGACGAUGAUGGGAGCCGUAGCCUGAACUUUGACGAGUUUAAGACUGGCUGUGAAGACUACGGUCUGAAACUCACCGAUGACGAGCUACAGGAGAUUUUCGUCCAAUUCGACAAAGAUGGAGGCGGAACUCUCAACUUCGACGAGUUCCUCGUAGGCAUUCGGUCAAAUAUGUCAGAGGCAAGACAAAACAUCGUCAAGGAGGCUUUUAAGAAGGCGGACAAGUCUGGGGACGGUGUGAUUACGGCUCAAGACUUGAAGGGAGUCUACAAUGUCCGGGAGCACCCCAAGUACAAGAACGGGGAGUUGACAGAAGCUCAGUGUUUUGAGGAGUUUCUCAAAACCUUCGAAGGCGGCCAGCCCAAUAAGGAUGGAAAAGUCACAGAGGAAGAGUUCCUGAACUACUACGCAGGCAUCAGCGCUUCCAUCGACAACGAAGCCUACUUCAAUCUCAUGAUGCGGAACGCCUGGAAGAUUUGAGGGGUUGACAGUUAGAAUUGACCUUGAAAGUCCGUCGAUAUUCUAAACAGCUAGACUGCCUUCUAAAGCUACGCUUUAGCCUUCAUCUGGUUGAAAUGACCAACAGCAGUGUCACGUGUCACAUGUCACGUGGUGAUUGGUCAUUUGGACUUGCUGAAAGAUAAUGUGCGAACGGCCGAAAACUUGUGAGACUUUGUUUCAUUUGAACAUCGGAACGCAGUCUAGCUGUUUCCUAUCGAUAGAAUUUUCUUGUUUUGACCAUCUGUUCGUCAUGGCCGUUAUUUUUUCAAAAGUACUUGUUCAUAGAUCCAGUCCUUCAUGCCCUUCAUCAUCAUGUACUGCCAAACACAUCAAACAGCGCAAUACAUUAAACAGUACUGUAAUGGAAUUCCUAGAAACUAAUGCGUACGGUAAUGACAAGGUGCAACAACAACAUACAGAUAAGAUAAUUAUGGUUUCAGUACAGAUAAUGUCAUUUGUAACGUGUUUGGAAAAUGCAGUUUUUCCAGGAAAUGUGUUCAGUUAAGUUUAGCUUCAGAAAAGGAACAUUAAUGUUGUGGGAUAAAUGAAGUAGAUGCUCAACUGUAAGUGCAAAAAGGAACCAUGAAUAUUCAAAGUGUUGUAAUGUUAUUUAGUUUAUGAUGUUGAUAUACAUGUAUUGUUGUCACAUGACCAUGCAGGGCAAUUUAAGUUUGUUUAAGUGAACAAUUAAACAGUUGAAAGUGAACACAGUGAUGUCGAUACAUUACAUACAAGCAUCGAAUCCGGGAGUUUUCUUUAUAUUAAAAGCCAUAUAAAACCGCGGUCACACUUAAACCCAGGAAAUGCGGUAUCUAUAAAAUAACACGUUUUCUUAACUCAAUGCAUUUGUUAAUCAAAUGCAUGAGCAAAGCAGUCCAACUUCUGACGUCUUUUACAUCGACAUGUGUAGAUUUCUUGCACUACUACUUCUUGAACACGUUUUAUCUCCAGACUUCCAGGCGUGUGUUUUUUUCUUAUUAGUUACGGCGGGUAUUAUGGGACGGAAAAUUAGUCGACUUUUAGAUGCAAGUAGAAGCCAGUACUGUAUCAACUGAACAAAGAAUAAAGCUAUCGAGUCGCAAAAAACAAUUUCAUGAAAUCUUUAAGACAAUUUACCGGAAGAUAUGCUUUGAUAUGCGGAUGAUGUGAUACCAAUGCCUUGUCAAGGAAUGUACCUAAAUAAAGUUAACUCACUCUGAGUCUUAUCAGUUUUAAAA